AUGGCAGCAGCAAAACGCUUCUUUACAAUGCAGGACCUCGUCGACACUCUCGCACCCCUGCUGCGCGUCCAAGACAUAUCCAGGCUUACGCAAACAAGUCGACACAUGCAAGCACAAUGGCAGCCAUCACUCUAUCGGACUAUCAACAUGACCUACUACUCCAGGGGCAAGAGACUCUUACGAUCUGCUGACUCCAAACUUGCCCUCUGCCGGAACAUCCGUCAUGUCCGUCUCCUCAAACUGGGCCUGGCCGAGAUGGUGUACUUGUUCAACUCAAUGGUGGCGUUUAUCGACAUUGCCUUGCCUGAUGCAGGACCGGAAAUCCGACCUACAUGGUUGCCCUUACCCGAUCGUGCGACGUUUCAUGUGGUCCCCCUGCCCUGUAUGACACAAUUGAAGCAGCUCGAGGUGUUUCUCGAUCGGUCGAAGGAUAACACCAUGUGCCCCUACCGCAUGCCGAGUAUCAACAACUCUCGUGCCAACCUCGCCCAAGUCUGCUGGAUUGCUGCGAGGAGCCCCAAUCUCGUUGACCUCAAUUUAAAGUCGAUUGCCGUCAUGGACGACCGAGGACUGCGAUUGUUGAUGACGACACUCACUGGACUCUCCCGACUCAGAACGUUCAGUCUGACUCUGGUCGCAAAGGCUUCUCAGUGGCGCCACUUGGGCUUUGCCGUUUUCUUCAGCUGCCCGACCGCCAUUCAAAAGAUACAGAUCGAGAUGCAGGACAUCGCCACUGACCAGCAUCUAGCAACUGCCAACAUCAUCCAUGAGCGAGACUGCACGGACCAGAACCAUGGAUUCAAUGGCGGGAUUGACGAGGACGACAAUAACGUGGAGUCGCCAACACUACGGACGGAGAGGUUGGUCAACUUGAAGGAGCUUGCGCUGUGGGAGAUGGAUAAAAGCACGACCGCACAGAACAUUGUUGCACUCUUUGUCCAUUGUCCCAGCAUCGAGACGCUUACCAUUUCCAACAUUCGCGGAAGUUACGACACGGAGCUGGUUGCGCAGAUUGUUGGAGAGCUUUGUCCUCAUCUAAGGCAGAUCAGCUGCAGAGGAUGGAAGGGCGAGGGCCAGACAAAACAGCUUCCGUUCCGAAUCAUGUCUGCGAUACCAGAGCACGGACUCCGGGAGAUCAACUGCCACUCGUCUUCUUUCGUCUUGAAUGACGCCGUGGCACGGAAAUCCUUUGCGCGCCACUCCAUCACCUUGGAGACCGUCAUCUUUGAUGCAUGUGUUGGGGUCAACAGUCGGUCCCUUGCAGUGAUUCUGGCAGAGUGUCCGAAUCUGGUGAUCCUUCAAGUCACCUUGUCUGACCAUCACAGAGGACCGGCUCUACACCUUGAGGACGCAAUCUCUGCUUCAUGGGGUUCCAACAAGUUCCGCCACCUAUCACUCACUAUCGGCAUACCUGUGAUUAGCCCCACCGACGCCAAAGAACGACCUUACUACUUGCGAAAGGGCCCUGGUGUCCUCACAGAAGCCGAGACGAAACGCUUUGCACAUCUCGAAAAGUUCUACAAGCAGAUUGGAUCCUUGCACGAGCUUGAACACCUCGAUCUGCGCGUGGACAUGGUGAAUGCUCUCGGUGAAUCGUUCGACGACACAGCCUACGAGCAUCUGUCGUUCCCUGGAUUGCUCUCCUUGGGCAACACGCGGACCGGACGAGUAGGGUAUUUGGGUCUGUUGAGUGGAUUAACCAAGCUGAAGGAGCUCCGAGGAUCGGUCUACGUGCGUGCAGACGAGACAGAGAAGACUAUGGGCUUGCGUGAGAUCGUUUGGGUUGAUGAUUUUUGGCCCCAGUUGGAGGUUGCAGAGUUCUUUUUCGAGAAUGAGCCGGUCAGCGAGCCUUUCCGAUGGUUACAGGAUCAGAGGGAUUUUCCUUCGCUGCAGUUAUCUGCCUCCCGUCUUUAG